CAGAAUCCUCGUUCCCUGAAAAGAGUCUGCCCUCUCUCGACUAGGACAUGACCUGUCGACAAGACUGAAAUCAACUCAAACCCCUUUUAUUUUCCACCAUCUGAUUACAAUCGCCGGGUAGCACGUUAUGGCCGAUCCGAAGCCCAUCGCUCCCGUCGGGGGUUCUUCUCUCCAAAAUUCUGACAUUAGAGAGAUACAAUGGGAUGAUCCCCACGAGAAACGAAACCCUCACAACUGGCCAAUAUGGAAGAAGCUCUUUCACACCGCCGUGCCCUGCGUUCUCGCUUUUGUGAUGCAAGUAUUGCACACGUUCGGGACAUCCGUCAACGAAGCCGCUUUGGACCUCAUAGCAACACGAUUCAACGUAUCGCAGACCGUCUCCAUGCUCACCCUCACCCUGUAUACACUUGGCCUGGCGUUCGGCCCUCUAGUCAUCGCGCCGCUGUCAGAAACGUUCGGCCGCCGCCCCGUCUAUAUUUUCACCUCGACCUGUCUCCUGACGUUCAGUGCAGGGGCCGGGGCGGCAAAUAACCUCGCGACUCUGCUCGUGUGCCGUGGGCUGGCUGGGGCUUUGGGGUCCUCGGGCAUUGCAAUCGGUGCGGGUACGCUGGCUGAUAUCUGGGAUUUGGACAAGGAAGGCGGUCCUGCAUCGUUGCUCUUUGUCCUGGGUCCCUUCCUCGGCCCCACGACGGGGCCCUUGGCCGGAGCCUAUGUCCUCAAGGACCACGGCGACGACUGGAGAUGGACACAAUGGGUCAUGGUGAUUCUCUGCGCGCCCGUCUGGCUCGGCGCGGUCUUGAUGCAGGAGACCAUGAAGGAGAGGAUCUUGGUCAAGACCAAGAGUGAUGAUACCCACCUCGAAAAGGGGGGAGGCUCGCAACAGCAGCCAGAACUUCCGAAGCCGUCCCUGAGAGACUUGAUUACCACGGGAUUAGGAAGGCCCGUGAAGCUCUUGUGCACCGAAGUCAUCGUGUUCUCAUUGACCUUGUAUACGGCGUUCGCGUACGCCAUGAUCUUCAGCUAUUUCGCCAGCUCGUCCUACGUCUACACGAUCUAUUAUGGGUUCGACUGGCGACAGGUUGGGCUAACCUUCAUCAGCGUCAUUGUGGGAUAUGUUCUUGCGGCCUUGAUGUUCGGGAUCUUUGACAAGACUCUGUACGUCAGGGCACGCGUGGCUGGCGGGGGCGUUGCCGCCCCGGAGCAUCGCCUCUACUCGGCAAUGGCAGGCAGUGUACUAUUACCCGUGGGCUUGUUUUGGUAUGCGUGGGAAGCCCACGCCGGUGGCCACUGGGCCGCCCUUGUGUGCGCAGGAAUCCCUUUUGGAGUGGGAGCUUUUUCUCUUUUCCUGUCCGCCAUCACCUACCUUGUCGAUGUCUAUCAAGCCGGUGCUGCAGCAUCUGCCUUGGCCGCCAACGGGGUCAUUCGAUAUUGCCUCGGAGCCACAUUCCCGCUUUUCACCGUACAAAUGUACGAGAAGCUCGGGGUGCACUGGGCGAGCAGUCUCUAUGCGUUCCUGUCCUUGUUUCUGUUGCCUAUUCCUUGGGUGUUGUUCAAGUACGGAGCUUCCUUGCGCGGCAAAGGAUACUCUAGGUGAUGUUUCGAUGUUCUGAAUAGACGAGGGGGGGCUUCGUUAGAGCUUGACGACAGGAUCAGCCAUCAUGGAAGGAUGGUCACUAUUUCUCUUUUGACCCGCAGAUUUAGGAUAAAGGGAUUCUUAUAUGGCCGAGUGUCAUAGUACUGUG